AUGGCUUCAUCCAGCAGUCUCCUAACUGAAGAGCAGUUCCUGUGUUCUAUCUGUCUGGAUGUGUUCACUGAGCCAGUCACCACUUCAUGUGGACACAACUUCUGCAUGGCCUGUAUCACAAAGUACUGGGAUAGAAAGAACCUGUGUCAAUGUCCACUGUGUCAGGAGAAAUUCUCCAGACGACCUAAGCUUCGUGUCAACACAACUUUCAGAGAGGUUGUAGAGAAUUUUAAAAAGAUGAGAUACAAAGGUAGAGAUGGGCCCCCUCCCAAACCUGGAAAAGUUGCCUGUGACGUUUGCACUGGGACGAAGCGCAAGGCCCUGAAGUCCUGCCUGGUGUGUCUGGCUUCCUACUGUGAGACUCACCUGGAUCCUCAUCAGAUAGCCCCACCCUUAAAGAAACACAAACUGAUCGACCCUGUGGAGAACCUAGAAGACAGGAUGUGUAAGAAGCAUGACAAACUCCUGGAGUUGUUCUGUAGGACUGACCAGACAUGUGUGUGUCAGUUCUGCACUGAGGCAAAACACAAGACUCAUGACACUGUCCCUAUAGAGGAAGAGUGUAGAGCGAGGAAGGCUCAGCUUGGGAAAACUGAGGCAGAAGUGCAGCAGAUUAUCAAUGGGCGACUGAAGAAGGUUAAAAAGAUCAGACUCUCAGUAGAUCUCAGCAAGAGAGAUGCAGAGAGAGAGAUAGCAAAGAGCCUUGUUCAGGUAAUUAAGGAGAAGCAGAAAGCAGUACAGAGGCAGGCUGAAGGGAUCAUUAAAGAGGUGGAGCAGGAAAUCACUGAGCUAAAGAGGAGAAGCACUGAUCUGAAGCAGCUCUCACACACUGAGGACCCCUUCCAACUUCUCCAGAGCUUCAUAUCCCUAAUCAGUGUUCACAGUGAUCUGUGUGUGGGGACUGUUAGGAAAGCUGUGUCUCAGCUGGAGGAGACACUGAAUAAAGAGAUGGAGAAGCUGCCUGAAGUCAAACUGAAGAGGAUUCAGCAGUAUGCAGUGGAUGUGACUCUGGACCCUGAUACAGCAAACCCCUGGCUCAUCCUAUCUGAGGAUGGGAAACAAGUAAAACAUGGAGACACACCACAGAAUCUUCUAGACAAUCCCAAAAAGUUUGAUUGUCAUCCGUUUGUCCUUGGAAAGGAUGGCUUCUCCUCACGAAGAUUUUACUAUGAGGUGACGGUUAAGGGGAAGACAAGAUGGAAUUUAGGAGUUGCCAGAGAGUCCACUGACAGGAAGGGGAUUAUCACACUGAGACCUGAGGAUGGAGUCUGGACUGUGACCCGAAGGGAUGAGAAUGUGUUCCUUAACUGUUCCUCCCCCCCUGUCCUCCUCUCCCUGAGAAAGAAGCCCCAGAAGGUGGGGGUGUUUGUGGACUAUGAGGAGGGUCUGGUCUCCUUUUAUGAUGUGGAGGCCAAGUCUCAUAUCUACUCUUUCACUGGCUGCACCUUCACAGAGAAACUCUAUCCAUACUUCGGCCCCUCUGAUAAUGAUGAUGGUCAAAACUCAGCCCCUCUCAUCAUCUCUCCUGUCAAUCAUACAUACUGA